CUUGUACGUCCACGUCCACGACGGGCGCCGCGCCACACUCUAGCACACUCUUCACUCACCACGCGUACGCGUGUAUAUAAACAUGGACGCGCCCCAGGUACAAUGUGGUCCGUUCCCACUCGCAGGCAUCUGGCCACAACUCUCCCUCCGCGCAGAGCCGCCACACCACCCUCGGGCGUUCGUCAUCGUCCAGGAUAGAUCACUAGAGCUUUCUUCACUUCGGCUCUUCGCCCGCUCAACGAUGGGUAGUAAACAGUCCGAGUCUGCAUUGCCCAGGACACCGUCGAAAGGGAAGGAGAAACAAACAGAGCCAGAAACGCAGAUCACCGCCACGCCGGCUAGAGGCAGUCCUUACCAUGUACUUCAGACGGCCACUCGCCCUGGUAACAAGAUACUCUCGGACGAUCACCAGCAUUACAUUCAGGGCGCAUACAAAGACUACACUCACUGGGACGUUGAUGUCGAGGACUUUGUUCGUGCGGUAUUCGGCUGCCAGUGGACCGACAUUGAGGCCUUGCGGGAGCCCUAUCGUGACCCAUCGAACACGAAGGAUAUCCCCCCCGAGAAGUACUUUAUAUCCAAGGUCGAACUCAAGAAAUACUGGGAGGGUAACGAGAGGAAUGGUUAUGAGCCGUUCGCUCGCGCAGGGGACGCGCUUCUGGAGGAGCUAUAUGGCCCGCAUUCGACCGGCAAAGCUCCCGACGAGAGCCUUGUGGCUAGACGUCAAGCCCUCCAGCGGCGAUGGGCCAACAACUCUUCGCGCAACGGUCAAGUUAUGCGCCCCUGGCCAGCAAGGUUCGAGAUCCGGGAUGUCAAGGCAGUGGGCAACUUCGGUAUUGAUGAAAAGCCGGACCUUGCGUACAGCACGACGGCCGGCAGACCCUUCUGGGAGUGGGAGCUGGUUCCGAUGGAGUUCAAAAUGGAAGGGAAGACGGGUGCGAAACGCAAGGAAAUCAUAGAUUCUCUGAGCGAUAUACUGCUUCGCUGGGACGAGAAACAGAAGACGUUUGUUGUGGAGAUGCCUGAUCGUCGUGGCCAGGCAAAGGGGAAAUCGUCCAAAGCCGCUCGCGACGAUGAUGCAGAUUACGUUCCUGGGAAGCAGCCCACGCAGACAAAGAAGAAAGGCCAGUCGUCGACAUCGUCGAGCAGCAAGCGAAAGCGAGAAGCCGAAGAGGCUCUGAAUACCAAGAGCAAGCGCAGCAAGAAUCAGCCCGACUCAGAGUCGCCUUCUGCUGCCUCUGAAGGAUCAAAGAUAAUCGGCAAACAGGCACAGGUGUUGAGGUACAUGAAUCAGGUGAUGUCCCACAACGUACGGUCGUAUACGAUCGCAUGGCUGGUCGACUCCGGCACGCUGAGGCUUGUCUAUGGCGACCGAAUGGGAAUCAUCUUCACGAAGCCGAUCGAUUUUCUGGACAAGGACGCGAGCUUGCUCUUGCUGAUUCUCGCCGCCAUGGGGACCGCCGAUGUGCACGACCUGGGGAUUCACCCGUGCGUCCACUACCCGAAGGAUGCGCACGGGCACGACCAGUUCUGUCUGGACAAUGGGUAUCGAGGCUCGAAGCUUCGACUUGCCGUCGAACUUGACGAGGGGACCGCCGUCGAUGUCGAGUUCAAUUUCGAUGUCAGCGAGAGCAACAUGAGGGACAUGCACCGGGCGAAGAAGGAGAAGAAGAAGACUGCAACGAGCGGUGCGCAGCGAGCGAGCCGGGGAGCCUCGGAGACGGUGGAGGGAGCACUGGAAGACUCGGAGUCGAGCCAACGCCGCACGAUCUACACCGAGUUUGGCAUGAUCGGACGAGGGACGACGGUCAUUCCCGUGGUUGCGGCGCCCGGCACGAAGACGGAAGAGCUGUUCGGAUCGGAGGCUCUUGUUGCCAAAGUGGCCUGGCCGCACGCUGUCCGGAAGGCGGAGGACGCGAUGAUCAAGGCCGUUCGCAGACGUCUGGCGGACAGCAAGCCGAACUACUUGAAGCACAUCGUGGACCUCAAGUGUUCGAUGACGAAGAGCGGAGACUCGGAAGAGAUGCACCUCCCUCGUUUCAAGUUGGGCAUCGUUCCCGGGGCAGAUGAGCUACGAGUCUGCCGCAUUCUGGUCCUCAAGGAGUACGAGCCCCUGGAGACCAUCGGAUCCGGAGAGAACUUCCGCAUCGUGUUCAUUGAUGUCGUUCGUGCUCAUCACUGGGUGUACGAGACGUCGAAGAUCCUGCAUCGUGAUAUAAGCCUCAACAACAUCAUGUGGUAUCGACUGCCAGACGGGCGGAUCAUCGGUGUCCUUUGCGACUGGGACCUUGCGGAAGACCAGAGUACGGGCGACAACAGACCCACUCGUCGUGCUGGUGACGCUGCUGCAGUGAUUUGGCCACCAGAACCAGAACCAGCGGCGCAGUCGACGACGAAACCGAGUCUGCCAUCCAUCGCCGAGGGUGAAGCAACGGAACAGCCCCAAAAUCUGGAGGGCGCGGGACCGUCGAACACGCAGACAGAAUCCCAACCCGUGGUCAAGCCAAGGUACCGCACGGGCACGGGUCCGUUUAUGGCACUGGACCUCUUGCGCAGGGGCGAUCCACCCGUCCACAAGUAUCGGCACGACCUAGAGUCGUUCCUUUACGGCUAUGUUUACUUUGCUGCGACAUACAACCCAGAAGAACAGGCCUUCGGCUACAUCAAGGAAUGGCAGUGCGCUUCUCUCGUCGAAAUCGGACAUAACAAACAUGACUUCCUCCUCGACGAGAAAGUUCGUAUCGGCGUCAUGAAAGCCGCCCACGAUACUCUGAAGCCGCUGCUGGCCGGCGACGAGGCUCCCCUGAUGGAACUCUUGUAUCGAUUCUGCGAGAUCGAGACUGAUUGGCACAACAUCACGACUCUCGGACUUAGUCGCAAGUUGUCGGCGCGCAACCGGGCCAAGAUCGAGGAGAUAGAGAAGGAGAGGGAGGCAAAGAUGUCGUUUAGCAUAUUCAUGGAGCUGCUGGGGGUUCCCGAAGAAGAGGGUGUCUGA